AUGGCUUCAGGAAACUGCACAGCACCAACCAUGUUCAUUCUGUCUGGACUGACAGACAAUCCAAGGCUGCAAAUGCCUCUCUUCAUGGUGUUUUUAGCCAUCUAUACCACCUCGCUGCUAACAAAUCUGGGCUUGAUUGCGUUAAUCAGCACGGAUCUCCAGCUUCAAACCCCAAUGUAUUUUUUCCUCCAAAAUCUCUCUUUCAUAGAUGCCGCUUAUUCUACAGUCAUCACUCCUAAAAUGUUGGUGAUGUUUCUGGUAGGAACAAAAACAAUUUCAUAUGCAGGUUGCAUUAUGCAGUAUUUUAGUGUUGCUUUGUUGACAGCCUCAGAGUGCUUGCUGCUAGCUGUGAUGGCAUAUGACCGGUACAUGGCCAUCUGUAAACCUCUGCUUUAUACUGUCAUCAUGACCAAGGCGGUCUGCUGGAGUCUGGUGACAGGUUCAUACUUCUUGGCCUUCCUGAACUCUGUGGUACACACCAGUGGCUUGCUAAAGCUAUCCUUUUGCUCUUCAAAUGUGGUAAACCAUUUCUUUUGUGAUAACAGCCCGCUCUUCCAGAUUUCUUCUUCCAGCACUGCUCUCAAUGAACUGCUGAUUUUCAUUGUGGGCACCUUGAUUGAGAUGAGCAGCAUCAUUACCAUCCUCAUCUCAUAUCUUUUCAUUAUUCUGACUGUGCUGAGGAUCCGCUCCAAGGAGAGGAAAUACAAGGCCUUUUCCACCUGCACCUCUCACCUGAUGGCUGUCUCCUUGUUCCAUGGAACUGUCGUCUUCAUGUACUUGCAACCAGUCAACAGCUUCUCUCUGGACACAGACAAAAUUGCAUCUUUGUUUUACACCGUGGUGGUCCCUAUGCUGAAUCCCCUCAUCUACAGCUGGAGGAACAAGGAGGUAAAGGAUGCUCUACGCAGAGCCAUAGCCACCAACAUUUGGCUUCACUGACCCUUGGGCUGUGCAGUGAGAUGCCAUUUUGAUUUUUAAGGGUUGAUUCACAAAUAAUUUGA